AUGUCGCACGAGUCGGCGCCGCUGCUGAACCGCGGCGCGUCCGCCCGCGAUGCGGACGGCGGACGUUCGGGCGAUGAUCUCGCCUCGGAUGUGCGGGGCGGGAGAGGUUGGGGUAACCGCGCGUGGCUCCUCGCCUGCGGCGCCGCGGUCGUCGGCGCGACCGCCAUCGCGGGCGUGUCCUCAUCCGCCACCUUCCGCGCCUCCCUCGGCGCCGCCGCGUCGGGGGGCGACUCCACCUUCGGCGGCGCGCGCGUCCGCGCGUCCCUUCGGGGCGCCGCAUCCGCCCGCGCGGACCGGUGGAGCGAUUUUGUCUCGCCCGACCGCGCCACCCUCGGCGAGGCCAACACCGCGCUCACGGCGCAGAUGGAGCAGUGGUACGCCCAGCAGCCCGAUCUGCUGCACGUCCCGCUCGAUGGCCCCGCCCCCAAGGUUGUCCAGAUCGUCCAACCGCAGGAGCAGGAGCCCGAGGAGGCUGCGACCUCCUGGGAUCAGGCCGCCCCCGAGGAGGGUACCGGCUCCAUCGACGCGCAGUGGGAGGCGGGAACGGCGAGCGACGGGGCGUCCGUGUACGCCAAUUCCGGCGACCAGGUGGCGUCCAUCGGCGAGGAGUGGCACUCCCUCUACGACUCGGUCGAUCCCACCAUCCCGCUCGCCGAUGAUUUCGACAAGAAGUGGAGGUGGAUGGACUGGACGCAGGCCACCAUGCAGGGCUACGUGCUCAACUCGAAAACCUUCGGCGAGGCCAUGGACCGCAACGCCGGCGGGUUCAUCGUCCUCCACGCGGUCAACGGCCUCGGUAACCGCAUCCGCGCCUUCUCCGCCGCCAAGCUCCUCGCCAACCAGAAGGGGCGCAAGCUCAUCGUCAUCUGGGAGCGCGACGAUUCCCUCGACGCGCCAAUCGCCACCAUGCUCACCCCUUCCUUCCUCAAGGAUUCGUACAUCAUCGAGGAGUGGCCCGAACGGCUCAACGCCGCCGAAGCGGAGCUCGCCGCGUGGAAAGCCAGGGGCAAGAGCGGCGACCGCCCUGUCUUCUCCGCGAUGCACGACGCCACCACCGACUGGGGUAAGUCCCACGUCGGCGAGGUGCUCAGGGACCCGGAGACGUGGCGAGGCGCAGUGUACAUCAAGUCGUCGCACGCCGAGCUUCAGCUCAACAAGGAGGAGUACGACUUCGUUUCCAACUCCAUGGCGGACUUCCAGCCGUCCAAGGAGGUGAGCAACAUGAUGAAGUCGGUGCCCCUGGCGUCCAAGUCGGACGACGAGAUGAUAUCCAUGCACAUCCGCGCCGGCGAGGACGCCAAGCUCUCGAAGGAUCUCUCCCUCGCCGGCGAGGGCGCGGCGGAGAUUCAGCUCAUCGACUCCUACCGCCGCAAGUGCAGCGUGGAUUCCUUCGUGAACACGCUCGUCAGGCGAGCGCCCGACGCGGUGCAGAGGGGUAUCGACAUCUUCGUCGCCGCUGACGAGCCCUCCGACGUCGACGAUCUCCGCGCGAGGCUUCCCAACAACAAGAUUUACGCGCUCGACCGCCCGGAUUACUGCAACCACGGCUACAACAGGGCGAGGGAGACGGAGUGCAUGAUCUACGCCGUGGCGGACCUGUUCCUCCUCUCCAGGAACCCCGGCCCCAUGCUCAGGUCCAAGUUCUCGUCCUUCUCGGACUUUGCCAACUACUACCGCAAGCGCAGCGGCAGGCUCCAGGGCAAGGGCUUCCUCGUCAACGGGUGCGAGGACGACGGGGGCAGCGACGGCGUCCUCACCGCGUCGCUCGGUCGCGACGAGGACACUCGAGCGUCCUCGGACGCGACCAUCUCCACGCACGCCGCGUCCACCUCCGUGUCCACGCCGAGGAUGGCCAAGAAGGAGGCGCCCGUCGCCAAGACGUCCACCGGCGGGAGGGUCGUGGCGAGGUUCGCGAUGGGCGUGGAGGGUGCCGGCUUUGGCCGAACCGACUCCAAGCUGCCCGCGGGUCUCUCCGACUUUGCCGCCGACGCGGACUGCGCGCACGCGUGGUUCGCCCAGUGCGGAGAACACGCGGCGACCCGCACCGAACGCCCCAAGCUCGGCGACUACGCCGCUCCCACCGACACCGGCGACCUCGGCGGCAACAGCUGGACCGACGUCGCCGCCACCUACGUGACCAAGUACCACUUCGCCGCGGCCCUGGGCUCCAAGGGUUCUCGAGACGCGUCGUGCCCUCGAACGGCGAUCGGCGAGGGAUGCGAGGGAUCCACCGCGGGUUUCUUCCGCGCCCUCGCGGGUGCCUCCGCGGGCCUGGGCAAGAGGGACACGGCCGAGGUUGACAUGAACGCGCUCAUCGAGCGCGGAGCCUCGUUCGCGGUGACCUACCCCGUGCGAACCGCCGGGCCCGAGCUCGCCUUUCCCGACGCGGAUCGCAUGGCGAAGUUGGCGGAGGCUGAGGGGGUGGACCUGACCAUCUCCGCGGUUCACCGCGAUCCCGUCGCCGCGGCGAUCGAGUCCGUCGCAGUCGCCGGCGGCUCGGGUGUGAAGUCCGCCACGCUCGGCGACGUGAUUGGCUCGCUGGAGAGGCAGGCGGCUGGGUACCGCGAGAUUGCGAGGCAGCUCGGGGGCCUCGCGGCUGAGUUUUACGAGUGCCGCGCCACGGAUGAGAAGGUGGACGCGGAGGUGUUCAAGCCGGCGCGCGAGCGCGUGGGCGGCAAGGUGCGCCGCGCGCUCCUGGAGGUUGUCCACGCGAUCGCCCCGAGGUCCUUCCAGGACUCCGUCAUCGAACCGCGAGUGUUGCAGGCUUACGACGCUCUCGGCGCGGAUGCGUUUUUCUAUUACGCGCACUUCGCGCCGGAGAUUGCGAAGAUGCCGGCGGGCGAGAAGAUGGGCGCGGCGACGCGGGUGACGAUGAAGGAGCGCGUGGAGCUCCUCAAGGGGGUGCAGCGGGGCUUGGGUCGGGCGCUCAACAAGAUGGAGAUGCUCGAGUACGUCAAGGCGGAGAACGACGCUUACGCGGCGUACUUUGCCCUUCGCACCGGACCGUGCCGCCGCUAGAACGAUUCUUCUUCUUUGGGGUUAAGGGGGGGAUAUACGGGACGGGGGACACGCAUCUUGGUUGGAAAAGGGGGGGAUUACACUGUGCAUACCGAAAAUAUCGGGAGGACGGCGGGGGCGCGCGACGGAGACGACAACGCAUGCGUUGUCGCCCUCGCCGGAUGCCACCGGCGCCUCUCCCGAUCACCAGAGGGUAGCUUAAGCGAUGAACCAAACUCAUGAUUGCUCAAAC